AAGUCAGAGUUGAUAGACGGGCUAGUAACCUGUGUGUUAACAUUCAUUUAAUUCUUAUAAUUAAUAUUAAUAUCAUAAAACAUAAAUCAGAAAAUGUCGAUGGCUAACGUGGACAAGGGUGAAUUGAUUUCCCAGGUGAAGCAACAAAUCGCUGUGGCCAAUGCGCAGGAGAUGCUCACACAAAUGACACAAAAGUGUUUCAAAAAAUGUGUCAAUAAGCCAGGAACUUCCUUAGACUCUGGUGAACAGAAAUGCAUUUCCAUGUGUAUGGACCGGUUCAUGGACUCGUGGAAUCUCAUUUCUCAAACCUACGGCCAACGGUUACAGCGUAUGGAGUAAGAAUUGUAGACCAAUAGUUCAAUUUGGGACAACUGCAUUGGCAACCUAUUGAUUAGUUUUUUAACUAUAAUGUAGUCUUUACAAAUUCAAUAAAUGAAUAUGCUAAUAAUCUUAACUUAAAACUUAA